AUGAGAAUUCUUGAAAUCAAAAUCAUAUUUAUCUCAUCUGUGAUACUGGUUACUGCCAUCGAAUCAUUUCAGCCUCCAUAUUCUUGUGACUCAACUAAUCCGCUUGCACAAUCCUUCCCAUUUUGUAACACCACCUUAGCCGUCGACCAGAGGGUCCAGGAUCUUGUUUCACGUUUGACAUUAGAUGAAAAAAUCUCACAACUAGUAGACUCUGCACCAGCCAUCCCAAGGCUCAAUAUCUCAGCCUUUGAAUGGUGGUCAGAAGCGUUGCAUGGUAUUUCUGAGUCUGGAAAAGGCAUCCUGUUCAACGGCACCCUUACUGCUGCUACCGUAUUUCCCCAAGUCAUCCUUACUGCCGCUUCAUUUGAUGCUUAUCUUUGGUAUAAUAUCAGUCAGGCAAUAGGGAAAGAGGGCAGGGCAUUUUACAAUGAAGGUCAAGCGCUUGGAGUGACAUUUUGGGCACCAAACAUAAACAUAUUCAGGGAUCCCAGGUGGGGAAGAGGUCAGGAAACACCCGGGGAAGAUCCCUCUGUUGCAGAGAGUUAUGCAGUUUCAUAUGUCAGGGGAAUUCAGGGAGAUAGUUUUGAUGGAGGGCAGCUCAAAGAUGGGCACCUUCAAGUCUCAGCAUGCUGCAAGCACUUUACUGCCUAUGAUUUGGACAACUGGGAUGGAGUCACUCGAUUUGUCUUCAAUGCUAAUGUUACUGAACAGGAUUUGGCGGAUACGUACGAGCCACCAUUCAAGAGCUGCAUACGACAAGGGCAAGCUACUGGUCUAAUGUGUGCCUACAAUCUCCUGAAUGGCGUCCCAAACUGUGCUGAUUACAAUUUGUUAACUGAGACCGUUCGUGGAGAAUGGGGAUUUAAAGGGUAUAUAGCUUCAGACUGUGAUGCAGUCGCAGUUAUUCAUGAUGAUCAAGGAUAUGCUAAAUUACCAGAAGAUGCAGUUGCAGACGUACUCAAAGCCGGCAUGGAUGUCGAUUGUGGCUCAUUCUUGAUGAAUUAUACUGGCAGAGCCAUUCAACAGAAGAAACUUUCUGAAUCUGACUUAGACAGAGCCCUUCACAACCUAUUCUCUAUUCGAAUGAGGUUAGGACUGUUCAAUGGUGACCCAACAAGGCUUGAAUACGGGAACAUUGGUCCAGAGCAGGUCUGCAGCCAAGAGCAUCAAGAUCUAGCCCUUGAAGCUGCUAGAGAUGGCAUUGUGCUUCUAAAGAACUCAUAUAACCUCCUCCCCCUACCUAAGGCAGAAACAGUCUCCCUUGCUGUAAUCGGGCCCAAUGCCAAUACUUCAGAGACCUUUGUCGGAAAUUAUCAUGGCCUUCCUUGCAAGAACAUUACAAUUUUCCAAGCACUUGGGAGCUACACCAAAAAUGCAGUUUAUAGUCAGGGGUGUGAUGGUGUAAACUGUACUUCACCUGCAACUGUCGAAGCAUUUGGUGUUGCACAAGAGGCAGAUUAUGUUGUUUUAGUUAUGGGAUUGGACCAAUCCCAGGAAAGAGAGGAGCUUGAUCGAACAGAGCUUGUGCUCCCUGGGCAGCAGGAAAUUCUCAUAAAGAACAUUACACUACAUGCUAAGAAUCCAGUAAUACUAGUGUUACUUUCUGGUGGUCCAGUUGAUAUUUCCUUUGCCAGAGAUGAUCCAAGAAUUGGAAGCAUCUUAUGGGCAGGUUAUCCUGGAGAAGCUGGAGGUAUUGCUUUAGCACAAAUCAUUUUUGGCGACCACAAUCCAGGAGGUAGAUUACCAGUAACUUGGUAUCCAGAAGAUUUUAUUAAAGUUCCAAUGACAGACAUGAGGAUGCGAUCUGAACCUUCAACAGGCUAUCCAGGACGCACCUACAGAUUUUACACCGGCCCAAAAGUGUAUGAAUUUGGCUACGGCCUUAGCUACUCCAAUUACACUCACGAAUUUGUUCAUGUCACCCCAGAUAAGAUCUACAUAAACAAGUUAUUACGACCUGCUAAGGCCAUCAAAAGAUCAGCCACCGAUCGUUAUGCAUUAGUUUCUGAACUGGGAAAAGAAUUAUGUGAGAGCAAAAAGUUCUCAACUAAAAUAGCAGUUGAAAAUCAUGGAAAUUUACCUGGCAAGCAUCCAGUACUAUUAUUUGUCAAACAGGCCAACCUCACAAUUGGGAGCCCUCAGAAGCAGCUGAUAGCAUUCCGAAGUGUGAGAUUAGAGGCAGGAGAAAGAGCUCACAUUGACUUUGUUCUGAACCCUUGUCAGCACCUAAGCAGAGCUAACAAAGAUGGUUUAUUGGUGAUUGAAGAAGGAUAUUACCACCUGAUUCUGGAAGAUAAGGAGUAUCCCAUUAAUGUGGUAUUGUGA